GCAGGGACGCGAGACGUGCCGUUUGCUACACCGAGUGCUCGGUCGGUGCCGCUGGUGACAAAGGAGGUCCCCUCCAGGACACCGGCCAUGAUCCUGAAAAGGCUUCUGCCGUUGGCGGCGCUGCUGUCGCUGGCGGUGGGCCAGGAGGAGUUUUCCUCGGAGCCCGUAUCCUCGCGGAUCGUCCGCAAGGAGCUGGAGAACGGCACCAUCCUCGAGUAUGAAUACGUCUACUAUUACGACGACGAGGAGGGCACCAACUCGCUCGACUUUGAGGACGAUUUCGCCGCUCCCUUUGUGACCACCGAGGCGCCCACUACCACUACCACUACGACUACCACCACGACCACCCAGGCGCCGCCGCCGCCUCCUAACAGCAUCACCAAUGAGGUGACCGAGCAGACGCUGCUCGGACGCGGCCGAGGACGGCCUCGCUUCGGCGGCCGCGGCGGUCUGCGCCCCAGCUCUUUCUCCACAGAGCCCGUGGCGAUCCCCAUCGUCCCGGAGCCUGAGCUGACCAGCACCUCCACCGGAUCGUCCCGGUUCUUCGGCAGGACCUCGUCGCGAGGCCGCCGGCCGCCGACCGUCGCUGAGAACUCGGUCGAUGAGGAUGCUGAGGCCACGCGCUCCCGUCGGCCGCUUGGAGGUGGACGUCGCCGGCUGCAGCCCCAGGAGAUUGCUGCCCAGAGCACCGAGAGCCGGUUCCAGAGCCGUGGGCGGAGCCGCGGCCGCGGUGGUCGGCCGACCGCCCCCGAGCUCCCCACUGAGUCUGCUGCAGUCAAUGAUGUCCUUGGAGGCGAGCCCGCCGCUGCCACCGCGCCCUCGCUGGGCCGCGGCCGUGGUAGCCGGUUCCCCCCUCAGGCGGGCGCUUCCCCCUUCUCCCGUUCCCGUGGCCGUUCCCGUGCCCCUGCGCCGGCCGCCCAGCCGGUACCGGAGGCCGUUCAGGCAGAGGAAGGCCGUCGCGGCCGCUUCUUCGGGUUCGGCAGCCGCGGCCGUUCGCAGCAGGACGUGACCGACACCCCGGCUGCCGCUGUUGACGAGGAGCGUCUGCCGGCGCAGACGCGCUUCCCGCCCCGUGACAGCACCACUCCGGCUCCGGAGACGGAGAUUGUCACUGAGCAGCACGCCGUCACCAGCCUGUUCGCUCUCGGAGGCCUGGCCGUCGGCACCGCCGGCGAGCAGGCGACCACGAGUGGAGGCGCCGAGCAGCUGCUUCCCGCCACCGAGCCGGCUGCGGCCACCGAGGCCCUCGCUGCCGCCGGAGAGGCCGCCACGGAGACCACCCCGGAGGCCGAGGUCACCACAGAGAUCGACUUCAGCCAGCUGCGCACGCGGCCCGACACCAUCGUCAAGCUGACGCCGCUGCCGCCCCUGGAGGAGGUGACCGAGGCAGCGACCACGCCGGCCGCUGAGGAGACCACCACCACCGAGCAGCCGGGAGCGCGCCGGCCGCGGCCGCGCCUCUCGUUCGGCGGCGGCUUCCGUCGCCGGCCCGGUGGUUUCCGCGGACGGCAGAGCUCGGAGGAGGAGCAGAAGAAGGAGGUAACCAAGAAGCCGAUCGGAGGCCGUCAGCCGGAGCCGCAGCCCGAGCAGGCAGUGGAGGCCGCAGAGGAGCCCGCACCCGGCAGGAGGUUCGGCGGACGCCAGAGCCGCCCGCGCCUGGGUGCUGGUCGCCGUGGACCCGCCAGAGGCCGUCAGGAGCCCGCUGAGAGCCAGGCCGAAGAGACUGAUGCCGCUGCUGAUGCUGCCCCUGCUGAGCAGGAGGCUGCCGCCCCGCCGCGCCGCCUGUCGCCCGGUGGCCGCCGUGGUCCUCGUCCCCGGUUCGGUGGUCGUUCCAGCCUGCGCGGCCGCUCCCGCCGCCCCGGACAGCCGGAGGUUGAGGAGCAGCCCGCCGAAGUCGAGCCGGAGGUCGCCGCCGAGGUCUCUGAGGAGGCCCAGGCCGAGGUUCAGACCGAGUCCCAGGCCGUGACGCAGACGGAGCAGGAGGUCCAGCCGGCCCCUGAGGCUGUCGCUGAGGAGGAGGUUGCCCCGACGGAAGCCCCGCAGCGGCUGGGCCGCCCGGGACUGCGCGGCAGGGGUGGACGCGGCCGCCGCCCGAGGCCCCGCCCCGGCGCCAGGGCCGAACCCGAGCCUGAGACCACUGAUGCCGCCGAGGAGGCCGCCCCUGAAGCCGAAGAGAAGCGGCGCGGGCCCACCGGCCGCAGAGGGUCCCGUUUCCGCCCCAAGGCCACGUUCCGCAGCCGUGGAGGACUCCGCACGCGCGGCCGCCCCUCGCGCCCCUCGGCGGAAGAGGAGCCGGAGGUGACCGAAGCGCCCGCCGCCGCCGUCGAGGAGCCCGCCGCCGAAGUCGCCGUCGAGACCGCUGCCCCUGAGGCUGCCGUUGAGGCUGUCGAAGCCCCCGCCGCCGCUGAGCCGGAAACUCCCGCUGAGAGCCAGGAGCAGCCCACUGACGCCCCGGCUGCCGCCGCCGUUGAGGAGGAAGAGACUGCCGUAGCUGAGGAGCCGAGCAGGCCUUUCGGACGCACCCGCGGCCGCGCUCCCCUGAGGUCAUCACGCCUCGGAGGCCGCCGGCGCCCCCGCCCUGGCAGGCGCCAGGAGGAGACGAGCACAGACGCAGAGGCAGUUGAGGAGGCCCCCGCCGCUGAGGCCGCACCCGCACCGGCGCCGGGCCGCCGUUUCGGUGGCUCCCGGCGCGGCCUGGCCUCACGGAGGCCCGGAGGUCGGCGCGCAGAGGCGCAGGCCUCGGAGGAAGAAACGGAAGUGAACAGCAUUACCGACUCGACCGCUGAGAAGGAGAUCGUCAGGCCCGGCCGCGGCCGCGGCCGCCUCGGUCUCGGUCGUCGUCGCCGUCCCGGCCUCGGCAGGCGCCCGUCCCUCGCCGCCGCCGCCGCCGCUGCUGCUGCUGAGGAAGAACAGAAGAGCGAAGAGCCGGCUGAAGCUGAGACCAUCGAGGCCGCUGCCGAUGCCCCCGCUGAUGUUGCCACUGAUGCCGUCGCUGCCGAGGCCGACGCCUCCUCCGAGGCUGAGACCCAGGUCGCGGAGGAGACUCCCGAGCCGGCGCCGGUCGCCCGGGGCCGCUCACUGUUCGGUCGCGGUGGACGGAGGCUCGGACGGGGUCGUGUAGAGGCUGACGACGAGACUGCCGCUGCAUCGUCCCGCUCGGAGACCAGCGGAAGGCCGGCUUUGGGCCGCAACCGCAGCCUCCGUCGCCGCCCCGAGCCGACCGAGGACGCCGCCGGUGACGCCGCCCCUGCUGCGGAAGAAGAAGCAACCACCGGCUCUCGGCGCAGCUUCCGAGGCCGCGCUGGCCGCCCUGGCCGCCGCCCGAGCACCCGUGGUUUCCUGGCCAGCCGUGCCCGCGGAGAGGCCGCUGGUGUUGUGGGAUUCGCCAGCCAGGAGGGCCGCACUGACAGGAGGGCCGGACCCGCCGCCGCGGAGGCCCCCGCUGCCGAGGAGGCGGCGGUGAAGGCCGCCGAGCCGGCGGAGACGGCUGAGCCUGCCGCCGCUGACGCCGCCCCUGAGGUUGCCGAGGAGCAGCCGGCCGCCGCGGAGGAGGAGGCCCCUGCGCCGCCGGUGGCCGGCCUCCGGUUCCGACAGCGUGGAGCUGCCGGCGGCCGCCGUAACCUGCCUCCCCUGCCGCGCGCCCGUAGCGUCACCCGGCCGGGCGGCCGGCGCAGCUCGCUGUUCAGCCGCCCGCCGGCGCCGGUGCCCGCUGCCGAGGAGCCGGAGGUCACCACCGUCACUGUCGCAGCCGAGGAGACGCCCGAGGAGGAGCCGGCCGCCGCCGAGGAGCCCGCCGCGCCCCAGGGUGAGCCCGAGGAGCCGCAGGUCCCCCAGGAGCAGGAGCAGGAGGUCCCACAGGAGCAGGAGGAGCCCGCGCCGGCGCCGUUGCGGCGUCCGUUCAGCGGCCGCCGCCGCGGGCCGACCGGGGAGCGCCGGGCCUUUAUCCCCGGUCUGAGGCGGGGUAGGACCGGGGGCCGGCCGGGCGGUCGGCGACUCGCCUCUCUAUUCCAGCGGCCAGGCGCGCCCGCCGCCCCCACCCCCGUCCCAGAACAGCAGGCUGACGAGUCAGAGAGCGAGCGACAGGAGGCGCAACAGGCCAUCGAGCUCUUGGUUCAGGAGGAGCUGGCCGCGGUGACCGAGGCCGCCCCUGCUGCUGAAGAGAGCGCCCCGGCCGAGCCAGAGGCGCCCACUGAGGCACCCACUGAGGCGCCCACCGAGGAGCCCACGGAGGCGCCCGGCCCGCGGCGGCGGAACAGGAUCCGCCCCCAGCGGCGGGACCGCAAGCCGCGGCCCUCGCUGUUCGAGAAGCUGCGCAGUCAGACGGCGUCCGUCUAACGCCGUGACCUGAGUGACCCGGUGACGUGAGCAGGGAACACGCUGACAGCUGUCGAGGACCUAGGAGAUCGUCUUGGGGGCAGCUAAGUCUGCCUAUUUCAGUAGGUUCAGUAGAAACCUGCUAAGGUAGACGCCAGCGAUGAUUCUCAUCAACGCAGUGGUCUCCGAUAGUUCACGACAGAGCUGGUGUCGCCGAGCUCAGAUAAAUCGGUAUCCCGCGCAGUGUGACGUCACACUUACGUCACAGGCGGCAGGUGGCGUUACAAUCACCAACAGAGGCGCAGAACUCUCGGCGCCUCCCCAGUCCUCAAUGCAGGCAAUCGACAAACUAUCGCCAGUGUUUCGAGCGCCACGCGCGCCACUCCAGUGCGAUUUGGAUGCAGGGCUAGUCAGUGGUCUGCAACAUUAGACUGAACGUUCCUAGGCCCGCGAGCCUCGGAUUUCACCCGCAACGUGUUGUGAACUCUCAUCGCGUCUCUUCGCGGGAAAGGCCUUCUUUUUGUAGUUUCUACGCCCCCGCCUAUUUAAUAAAACGACGAUCGAUCCGCGCUAAGUUAUCCAACAUCGACUGCCAGGCUGAUGUCAUCAAAGUGACGUCAUCAUGUUCCAGGCCCGGUCGAGUGUGUGGUACAACGUAGCUCAUCAUGUUGUUACGUACCGGUUUUAAUCGCGACGCGCACACUGCUGGCGGUAUAUAGGGAUAGUGCCAUGAUUUGUAGUGUCGUGUGGGCGAGCGUGUGUGUGCAUUGACGUUAUGUGUUGGCGUGCGGUCGGGAGUGAACGAUUAUGAGCGCUGUGAUGUGGUUUUGAUUUCCAUUCGCCGACAAUGUUUGAUAUUUCAGUCGCAUUGAAUACACUAUCUCCCGCGAAAA